GUCUCGGUGGUGCGGCCUUGCGUCCUGCCCCGGGCUGCUCCAGAGGUCUGCCGGGCGGCGCGCGGCAAGGGAAGCCAUUGGGAACGCGGAGUCGGAUCCACCAAGAACAUGGAGGCCCCCCACGAGGACGCCAGCGCCACCGCGCCUGAGACGGCAGCCAACGAGGUUUCUCUCUUCAGCAUGACGGACAUGGUUCUGUUUUCUCUCAUCAUGGGUCUCCUCACCUACUGGUUCUUCUUCAGAAAGAAAAAGGAAGAAGUCCCCGAGUUCAGCAAAAUCCAGACAACGACCACCUCUGUCAAAGAGAGCAGUUUCGUGGAAAAAAUGAAGAAGACGGGGAGGAACAUCAUUGUCUUCUAUGGCUCCCAGACGGGGACUGCUGAGGAGUUUGCCAACCGUCUGUCCAAGGAUGCCCACCGCUACGGGAUGCGGGGCAUGGCCGCGGACCCUGAGGAGUAUGACCUGGCCGAUCUGAGCAGCCUGCCCGAGAUUGAAAACUCCCUGGUGGCCUUCUGCAUGGCCACCUACGGUGAAGGUGACCCCACCGACAACGCCCAGGACUUCUAUGACUGGCUCCAGGAGACAGAUGUGGACCUCACUGGGGUCAGGUUUGCGGUGUUUGGCCUCGGGAAUAAGACGUACGAGCAUUUCAAUGCCAUGGGCAAGUACGUGGACCAGCGGCUGGAGCAGCUUGGCGCCCAGCGCAUCUUUGAGCUGGGCCUGGGCGAUGACGACGGGAACUUGGAAGAGGAUUUCAUCACGUGGCGGGAGCAGUUCUGGCCGGCAGUAUGCGAGUUCUUUGGGGUGGAAGCGACCGGGGAGGAGUCGAGCAUCCGCCAGUAUGAGCUCGUGGUGCACCCAGACAUUGACCCAGCCAAGGUGUACGUGGGCGAGAUGGGCCGUCUGAAGAGCUACGAAAACCAAAAGCCCCCCUUCGAUGCCAAGAAUCCCUUCCUGGCUGCUGUCACCACCAACCGGAAGCUGAACCAGGGCACCGAACGGCAUCUCAUGCACUUAGAGUUGGAUAUCUCAGACUCCAAGAUCAGGUACGAAUCUGGGGACCACGUGGCUGUGUACCCAGCCAACGACUCGGCCCUUGUUAGCCAGAUCGGGGAGAUUCUGGGGGCUGACUUGGAUGUCGUCAUGUCCCUGAACAAUCUGGAUGAGGAGUCCAACAAGAAGCACCCAUUCCCCUGCCCCACCACCUACCGCACGGCCCUCACCUACUACCUGGACAUCACCAACCCGCCUCGCACCAACGUGCUCUAUGAGCUGGCGCAGUACGCCUCGGAGCCCUCAGAGCAGGAGCACCUGCGCAAGAUGGCAUCGUCCUCCGGAGAGGGCAAGGAGCUGUACCUGAGCUGGGUGGUCGAGGCCCGGAGGCACAUCCUGGCCAUCCUGCAGGAUUACCCGUCUUUGAGGCCGCCCAUUGACCACCUGUGUGAGCUGCUGCCAAGGCUGCAGGCCCGCUACUAUUCCAUUGCCUCAUCCUCCAAGGUUCAUCCCAACUCUGUGCACAUCUGUGCGGUGGCUGUUGAAUAUGAAGCCAAGUCUGGCCGUGUGAACAAGGGGGUGGCCACCACCUGGCUGAGAAACAAGGAGCCAGCUGGCGAGAACGGCCGCCGUGCCCUGGUACCCAUGUUCGUGCGCAAGUCUCAGUUCCGCCUGCCCUUCAAGUCCACCACGCCCGUCAUCAUGGUGGGCCCUGGCACUGGGAUUGCCCCCUUCAUGGGCUUCAUCCAGGAGAGAGCCUGGCUGCGUGAGCAGGGCAAAGAGGUAGGGGAGACCGUGCUGUACUAUGGCUGCCGGCGCUCGGACGAGGACUACCUGUACCGUGAGGAGCUGGCCCGGUUCCACAAGGACGGCGCCCUCACACAGCUGCGGGUGGCCUUUUCCCGGGAACAGGCCCAAAAGGUCUACGUGCAGCACUUGCUGAGGAGAGACAAGGAGCACGUCUGGAAGCUGAUCCACGAGGGGGGCGCCCACAUCUACGUCUGCGGGGAUGCUCGGAACAUGGCCAAGGACGUGCAGAAUACCUUCUAUGACAUUGUGGCCGAGUUUGGACCCAUGGAGCACGCGCAGGCUGUGGACUACGUCAAGAAGCUAAUGACCAAGGGCCGCUACUCACUGGACGUGUGGAGCUAGGAGCCACCGCCCUUCCACCCCUCGCUCCCGUAAUCUCUUCCCUUGCUCCCUCCUGCCAGCCUCCGCCUCCUGGUGGGGACUGUUUGCCUUGUCACAGGGAGGUCUAGGGACAGACUCCUCCAGGCCCAAGUUGUGCCCUUUGGGUCCCUGGGCUGAGCCCGGUCCACUGUAAAGGCAGCCCAGCCCUGGGGCACACAGCGGAGGAACCAGGCCCACCCUCGGCGACACCUCAGGCCCUCAGCGCUCCUCUUCCGCUGAGCUGGGGCCUGGCCCCGCCAUGAUUUUCAAUGAGUGUAAAUAACUUUAAAUAACCUCUGGCCCUUGGAAUAAAGUUGGGGUUGUUUUGUA